AAACUAUUAGUAUGUAUAUACUAUUAACGUCACACAAAAUUCUUAUAGCAACGAAACUCCGGAGUUCUUUAAAACCGACUUCUAACGUGUAUGCGUACGGAAAAUGUGUUUCAUGAAUUACGAGUAUUUUUUAACUCUGUAUUUUAGUUGGUCACCCUGAUUACAAAAGCUUUGCCGAAGAUUUGUUUGGCGUGAAUGUUUGGUGUUUGGAUAUACGUCAAACUGAUAAAAAAUGUUACCAUUGUCGUUAUUAAAGACAGCGCAAAAUCAUCCCAUGCUUGUUGAACUAAAAAAUGGAGAAACAUAUAAUGGACAUUUAGUUAGUUCCGAUAGUUGGAUGAACAUAAAUCUCAGAGAGGUUAUAUGUACAUCUAGGGAUGGUGAUAAAUUUUGGAGGAUGCCAGAAUGUUAUAUUAGGGGGACUACAAUUAAAUAUUUACGAAUACCCGAUGAAGUUAUAGACAUGGUAAAAGAAGAUGUGCAAAUGAAAUCACGAGGACGAGGAGAAAUGAAAGGCAGAGGACAAAAUCAAAGAGGACGUGGUAGUGGAAGAGGUACUUUUGGCCGUGGUGGAAGAGGUCCAGCACCUCUUGGUCGAGGUGGUGGUAAUCCAGGAGGAAAUAAACCACAGAAUAAGAGGACAGUAUCCAUGUGUAACCUGAGGAGCUCGAGGAGACCAGUGUGACUAUGAAAGCCUUCUAUUGACAACAUAUACAGGAAAAAGUUGUUCAAAAUCAUGUCCCCAACAACAUACUUGAAAAUCAUCAAAAUUAGAGCAGGCGUAGCACAUCAACAACUUGACCUUUAAAUUUAAUGAUCAUCUGUACGUCAUAGAUACAUUACCGACAUGUGAAGAUACAAAAUAGAUUAGGAAUGAAUUGUUUCAAAGAUUUUUAUAUUUAUAAAAAUUAAAUUAGAUUUGUACAUUAAAAGUUGUGUUGAUAUACAUACGUACUUCGAUGAAAUGCAUGUGACGGACACUUUCAUAAAAUUAUGUAUUCUAUUUGUUAAUAAAUGUUAAUGAUCUUCCUA